AUGUAUUGUUCUUACUUUUUUUCUUUUUUACUUGAUUUCUCCGCCCAUUGGUCUUCUUUCUUUUUCUUUCUUUUUUCUUUUCUUUCUUUCUUUCUUUCUUUCUUUCUUUCUUUCUUUCUUUCCCCGCCAUUGCUUUAUUUUUUACCUGACAUUCUCUCGAUAUAUGGUUGUCCACCAAAAUACAUAUCUAUCCUUAAGCUCCUUCAUGAUGACAUGCGCGCCAUAUUCCCCGCCGACAAUCAUCAACGGGAACAGUUCCAACCCCCUCCACGAUUUUUGCUUGUGUUUUUCUUUCUUUCUUUAAGAACACUCGCACAUGGCCACACACAUGCAUACAUCCUUUUUUAUGAUUUCUUUUCCACCCUUUUUCUCUUAAAUCCCCUCAUCUUCUCUCAUCCUCUUCUCAAGAGUGAAACUAACUUCAUCUUUCCUGUAUGCCCCCUCCCUCUCUCAUACACUUCCUUUUCUCUAUUUCCCGCUCUCUUUUCUUUCAUUAACUUUUCUUUCUCUUUAUUAAAUACCUUAACCACAAUUUAUUUCACCCUUCGUGUCUUCCAAAUUUUCUCGAUUUUGUACUUUUUUUUAUAUUUAUCUUCUUCUUCUUCUUCUUCUUCUUCUUCUUCUUCUUCUUCUUCUUCUUCUUCUAACCCUCCUUCCUUCUUUCUCUAUUCCUUUAUAAGUUAUACUCUUCUAUUGCAUUCCCGUUCAUAUCAUUCAAUCUAUCGACAUGUGAUAUCUAUCUAUCUAUCUAUCUAUCUAUCUAUCUAUCUAUCUAUCUAUCUAUCUAUCUAUAUAUAUAUAUAUAUAUAUAUAUAUAAUAACUUCAUAUCUAUCUAUUGGGAUCCCUUGCGCUUUUCAGGUCUACUGACGGGGCGUGCCCCCUUAUUUACGCCCCACUACCGACACAUGUCCGCCCCCGGACGAAGUUUAUUUAAACUAUUCUUCAAAUUCCCUAAGUCCUUCAUCCUCUUUUCUUUUUUUUUCUUUUUUUUUUCUUUCUAUUUGUUUCUCCUUAAUUUGGCUCAUCACUUUUACUGUCUUUCUCUCGGUCUCUCCCUCCAAUUUACUAGGUUUUUUUCAUUUUCCCCUCCCAUUCUCUCUCUUUCUACGUACGUCUCUAUUUCUCUCUCUCUCUCUCUCAUCAGUUUUAUCACUCUGUCAUUGGCAACCCAUAACAUAAUUUCUCUCUCUGACUACAGCUCCUUUUAUUCAUUUUUCUGUUUCGUUUCUAUCUUUUUUCAGUUCUUUCUAUCCUCUCCUACUAAUUUUUAUCACAAAUUUCUUCAAGGCAAUUUUAACCGUGCCCGUAUCAGCGGGUACAAAUGCCAUACUUCCAUAUUCCCUAUUUUUUUUUUCCAUUUCCGGGGCCAGUUCAACCAUAAUAUCCCGUGUUACUUUUCUUUCAAUAGUACUCUGUGA